AUGAGAGUUCACACUGGGGAGAACCCUUUCACCUGCCAACAGUGUGGAAUAAGUUUUACUCACAAAGGAAACCUUAACAGGCACAUGAGGAUUCACACUAGAGUCAAGCCUUACACCUGCCCUGGGUGUGGAAAGAGUUUCAGUCAACUUGGAAUCCUUAAAGUCCACAUGAGAGUUCACACUGGAGAGAGUCCAUUUAUCUGCCAACAGUGUGGGAUAAGCUUCAUUCAAAAAGGAAUCCUUAAAAGACACAUGAGAAUUCCCACUGGAGAGAAGCCUUACGUGUGGCAUCAGUGUGGAAACAGUUUCAAACGAAAAGGAGACCUUAAUUACCACAUGAGAGUUCACACUUGGGAGAACUCUUACACCUACCAACAGUGUCUUUUGAGGACUCAAAAGAGAACUGUUUUAUUCUAUUGA